AGAGAGAGAGAGAGAGAGAGAGAGAGCGCGACGCUGACAGAACUGAAACCUGCGUCCAUGAAGUAGCUUCGACCCCACCCUGCUCCCCGGCUGUCUGUGAACUGAGGCGAUGGAGAGCCCGUCGUCCACAGUGAGGCGGCGAGCCUGGAUCAACAGCAGCCGACAGUGGCCCACUCUGGAGGAGCUGGACCUCGACGGACCGCUGUGCAACCUCCCCUCUGCCUCUAUAGCUGACGACGAUGUCUUUUCUGACGGAUGCUUCACAGGAAAGAUUGAGAACUGGCUCCAGGGUUGUGGGCCAGAUAAGAACAGUCAGCUGAGUUUUGAGUCUGUGCUGAAACCCAACAACUUUGUCGAUGAGCUUAGUCUUGGUGCUGAUGCUUCUUUGUUAAACGUUGGAGAGAGUACAUCUAAAGCUGGCGUCGCACAGCAUCCUUCCUCCAAACAAGGUCCCAGCAGACUCACCAGUACCCCUCGUCAGGGACUAUGUCCGCCGUUGCUGAACUUGGGCCACAGCAUGGCCUCCAGCUGCCUCUCCUCCUCCACCUGCACAAGUACAUCAAGCAUAUCGGAGAUCCUGCAGUUGUGUGCGGAGGAUGCUGAGGAGACGCUGUACGAGCUGGGAUUCGGCCGCGAUGAGCCGCAGGUCACUGUUCGCAUCCCUCCGCGCUUCUUCACCUUCCCUUCUCUGUCUCAGGGCAUCAACUUCCGCCUCUUCCUUGACUCACAGCUACGGCGGAUUCGAGAAGAAGACCCCAGCCUCUCUCUUGCUAGUCGUUUCAGACAAGUGCAAGUGCUCACAGCAAUGGCCAACGCUUUCUACUCCCUCUACUCUCACGUGUCCCGCACCCCUCUACAGAAACUGGCCACACCAGAGUUUACCUUCUCCUCGUCUCCUGUGGAGAGGAUCGAACGCUUCAGGAGCGGCGUCCGCAGCGAGCCACGUUCUCCUGUGGAGAGGCUGAAGGACACUGUCUCCAAGAUGUGUCUCUACACAGGUUCUUCCCGGGGAUCAGACUCCACCUCCCCACAGCCCUCGCCCAGAAAGAGGGCCAGCCUCCCUGAUGUUGUGGAAAUAGUCAUGGAGAAAGUCAAGACUGGAGCCACCAAGAAACUGGAUUUGGGGGUAAAUAAUUGGAAUAAAUCAGCUGUGGAUGUGAGGCUGGUCAUGGAUGGUGAUAAAUGCUGUGACAGUGGGAAAGAGGAGCAAACACAGCUGACCGCGGUGGACACAGACAUUCUUCAAAAUGGAAAUACAAUCCGUCAUAAGGAGAUGAAGGGCAGUAAACAAACAGAUAAUGUUGAUGCCAAUGAAAAUAGCGUCAAACCAGGAGACCUUGACAGCAGGACCCACAUCGAACGAACGUCUCUAGCGUCAUCGUCAGGAGAAACUGUGAUAGAAACAGAUAAUCAGUUUAUUUCAACUCAAAGUGACACAAGGACUACUGAUCUGAAACCAUUUGCCAAGGUUACACAUGAUCUAAUCUGCCCGCAGAUAGUGGAGAGUGUACACCAGGCGCUUUUCUGCUGUCAACACACACAUAGUGCAAAAACAAACACCUCACCUCCUAUCUCCUCUGAGACUGGGAGCAUAGAUAGAUCAUGUCCUGGAUCGCAUAAACCUAAUGUACAAACCGCUUUCUCUGAGCCUGAUGCCGGACAGCUCAGUGCAUCCAGGUCACUCCCUGUCCUGGCCUCUAGCUACGCCCAGUGCUGCAUCACUGUGACUGGCUCGGAGGGGGACGACGUCUCUACUGUCCCACCUGCCCAGGCUUGUGAGGAGCCAUUUAACAGGGGGAAAAGCCGGUACCUGAAUCCACAGACACACCAGGGCCACGGGCAUGACUCCAAAAACCUGCAACAGGUUAACUCCUUUGAGCUGGAGGAGGUGCACAGUGCAGGAGAGGAAGAUUUUGGACAAUUAGAGACUACAAGAACAACAACCUCCCAGUUGUCCAAAGAACUUCAAUACAAAGGUGAGGUGGUCCGGGGCGACAGCAUGCAGUCAGACAGCAGCGGCUACGCAGACGAAGAAGUCAUCCUCUCACUGAACACACUAAGCAGAUGAUUGAACACCAUGUUAAUAACGUUAAAAUGUAGUUACCCCCCAGUGCUCAUAUAGAAUAUAGAACAUUGUAAAUAAGUAAUAAUAUAGUAAAACUGUCUUGAUGAAGUACUGUGUGGACCAUACUUUAUUUAAAUGGCAAUUCAAUUGGUGAGUCAGACAUGUUCAACAGUUGGCAGUAAAAUGUACAAAAAUUUUUUAUUGGAAACAAAUUCAAUGGAGCUCACAUUUUAGUUCAUUGUUUCUCUAAAAACUGUUACUACUACCACAACAAAGAAGUCUAUCUCAAAUAUAUUGUCAAUGGUGUCAGCAACUAAAACUCGUAAAAAAAACAGCAAAACUUCCUUUUUUGAAUUAUCAGAAAAACAAGAUGCAGAUCUGACUUUUCAGAGAAUGAGGUAACACCAAACUCACCGGUGGGAGAUGUACAGAAACUCGGUCAGCCUGCAUUGUGCAAAGGACAUUAUCUUUUCAAGUAGUGCAAACUGUCCACUAUUUUCAAUACAUAUUCCAGCUGAGUGCAAGGUGGGUGGUAACGAACCCUUACACCAAGACACAGCAAGUAGUUGGAGAAAAUAAUCUGGAAAUUCACCAUCAUCAAUUUUCAAACAUCAUUACAGGAAUCAUAGUCACAUUGACAGAAGGGUUCAGAUUAUAAAUGAAACAAUACCAGGCAUAAUGGACACAAAAAACAUCAAGACUCCACAUAAUAUGUAGGUUCUUUGUUUGGUCUGUGAUAUUGAAAGUCAAAAGUAAUUAACAAAGCAGAAGAUUCACAGUACUUUCUCCCUGUUUGUCUUUGUCUUACACUGAAAUGGAUUUACUCUUUGAACAAAAUCUGUGUGCUAAAAGAAGAGUUUUUGAAAAAUAGUAAUUUCAAAACUGUGCUUAAUUAUUUAUUUUUUGCAAAUUCCCGAGUUACUGGGAUUAUUAAUUGAAUUGUAAUGUUAUCCUCACGAUUAAAGACACACACAUUAUGACUACUUUAUCAGUUGCUGCUCUGAAAGCCAUCAACAUGAACCCAACCAACAAGGAAGUUUAUAAAGGGGCAACAUUGCACACAAUUCAUUCAUUCAUUCACAAUUCAUCAAUCAAUAAUUUUCAGUCAUCCGAGUCUCUUGAUCCUUCUGACUAUUUCUACAUUGGGAGUGCCAAAGGGGUAUAUGUUUAUAAAAUUUUAAUUUCAAAAAAACCUUAUGAGGUCCUAAUUUUAGACAAAGAAAAUAUGGGACAAACAGUUUUUAUGGUCCAGAUUAAUAUACAACAAAAUACACAUUUUCUCAAACGAGCUCAUCUGAAAACAGGGCAGUCUUUAAAAUAAUGAUCCUCUGAUCUCUUCAGCAGAGUCCUUUUCUCUCCACGUUUCGGCACAUGGCUGGAAUUUCUUUCUUCCGUUCAUCCUUCAUUGAUCUUGGAUUAAACGAAGCACCAAUACUCGUCGAUUCCACAGCACGAUUUCUACAAGCUCCUUUGACCUUUUGUUGCAUCACAAUUUGUCUGCAGUUAUUUGGAAACUCACUGCAAGAGCACCAUUUAUGAUUUCAGACAAAGACGUGAGAUAUUUAGGAAAAUACAGUGCUGCUUAUAGAUGACUGAAAACACUAAAAAUGCCUUUUAAAGUAAUUUGUGACAAAUAUGCAAAAUGUCAAGGAGAGGGGUACAUGAGUUUUUGGGCAACUAAAUCUUCAUGGGCAACAAUAAGAAAUCCAUGUGGCUCCGGGGGUCAAUUUGGGGACAGAAAAAGUCUCUAUUUCCACAUUUGAGGUAAUUUGCGUUAUUUGAACUCAAUCCAAAAAGUGCCUCCAUCGUCCGAAGAGGAAGUUU